AUGGCUCCCAGAUACAUUGGUGGUUCUGUGUUGGCUGCUCUCGUCAAACAACACCCAGAAUAUGAUAUCACGGUGCUCUUGCGCAAUGUUCCGGAUACCUUCACCUCCCAAUACUCCAACGUGAAGAUUCUCCGAGGAGAUUUUGAUGAUACAGCACUCAUUGCUGAUACUGCAUCCAAGGCAGAUAUUGUCAUUCACAACGGGAACAGUAAACAUGAGCCCUCCAUCAAAGCACACAUUGAUGGUCUGCUUCGGAAUAGCACCCCUUCUUCUCCUCGUUUCCUCAUCCGUCUUAGCGGUACAGGCGCCAUCGCCGACUGGGCAGACUCAUCCUACUACGGCGAGAAGAACCCAAGGGUUUGGAACGACAUUCACGAUAUCGGGCAGCUGACGUCCCUACCGGACACAGCGUUGCAUCGGAACAUCGAAAAAAUUGUCCAAAAGGCAGCAGUGGAUCACGGCGAUCGUCUCAAGUGUGCAAUCAUCUGCUCUGGUGAAGUGUAUGGACCUGGGAAGGGACCCGGAAGGGCACAGAGCCAAUUGGUGCCUCUGUUCUGUGAUGAGAUCAUCAACAACACCAAGCGUGCGUUUUACACUCAGUCCGGAGGAAACGCUCGAAGCUGGGUGCACAUCGAUGAUCUUGUGGCGGUUUACAUAAAACUGGGCGAGGCAGCCGCAGCUGGCGGUGGAAAUGCUGAUUGGGGUCACGGAUAUUACUUCACAGCCACGCAGGAGGUCUCCCAGCUCGACUUCGCCACUGCCAUUGGCCGUAUUCUCAAGAAGCACGGUGUUAUUGAAUAUGAGGAGCCUGUGCAGCUGCCUCUAGAUGACAUCUGGAAGACUGCACAAAAGUCUAAAUGGCGCUACACAGGGAUCUACGCAUUUGCUUGCAACACACGAACAGUCAGCGAAAGAGCACGAAAGGUCCUCGGUUACGAGCCAAAAGCCCCGAGUCUUUUUGACUGCCUUGAGGAGGACGUCUUGGCCGCGGUGAGAAGAGGAGCCUGA